GACAGGUUCUCGGCUGCUGCCUGUUGCUCACUAUGGCUUCUGGAAAAAUUAUUAAGCUCAUAGUUUUUGAGCUGCUUGAGUUUGCUGCUUUCUCCAUUCCCACCCUUGUGGUCAUGGAACAGUUUGCCACUGCUUAUGAGAGUACAAGGACGAUACCUGACCGAACCCAUUACUGGCUUGUUGUUUCCUGUUCUAUUGCCUAUGUGGCUGUGGUGAGUCUAUUGAUUUGGGUACCGAUAAAAGUUCUCUUGUACAAGAAACAUCAUCUCUACAAAAAAAUUACAGGCUGGAGACCUGUUCUGAUGAUGUGUGUGGUGCUCACCACACUUCCCAGCUUCAGCUUUUCUAUAGCAGUGACUGAGGUUCAAAAGAACAGGAAUGACUCUAUUGAUUCAUUACCCGAUUCCUUACCUGACCUGCCAGUAUCUCUGGUCUUGUUAUGUUUGAUUUUGGUUGAUAUUAUUGAAAAACUCAGGAUAUAUCCUCUGAGAGGAAGUCAAAAGAGUUAUGAUGAUAAGCACAUCCACACGACCUCUUUGCAACAGAUAAAAGCUGUGACAGAUCAAGUGAGGCAACGUGAAGAAAACCAGGCACCUCCCCAGGCGGUUCAGACCAAUGAGGUGCAGCCACCACGGUUCCAGGUUCCUGUGCUGGUGGGGCCCCUGGAGCCCUCUUUUCAUUCUGGAAUCCUGAGAACCAUGUCCCGGAGAGACGUGAGGGCUGAGCUGGUCCUGCAGAGCUUCCUGCUGUGGUCGGACACUAUAGAAAUGUUGCGUGUGGCUGGUCACCCUGCUGUGUACAAGUCAGGCUGGCUGUACCCAGUCUACCUCUUCAGUUUUAUUUCUGUCCUUCGAAUGGUCUUCACUCCAAAAAACCCUCUUCUUAACUCUCUGGGCAUCCUGCUGCAAGACUUACCCUUUGUUUUUGUUAGACUUAGUUUAAUCAUUGUUUUAGGGACUAUCACACCUAUGCUGGGCCUUUGUAAAAAUGUAUUAGUGACUGUCUCCUAUGUCUACUUCAAUCACAUAACCAGACUCAGGCCUUUCUCUGCCUUUGAAACCUCUCCGUUUUAAAAGAAAACGUUAAGAAAGUAAGAUCU